AUGCUGCCGCUGCUGCUGCCGCUGCUGCUGGGUGCCCGGGCGUUGGGCGCGCCCCAGGGGGACACGGCGGUGGUCACCCCGCUGCGCCUCGACCCCGACAUCAACGGGAGGCCCCACUUCGGGCGAGGCGGCCCCGCCGAGGCCGUGGUCUUCCAGCUGUCGGCUUUCGGGGAGGAUUUCUACCUGCACCUCGCCCCCGACGCCCGCUUCAUCGCCCCCGCCUUCGCCGCGCAAUACCUGGGCACCGCGCCCGGUGCCGCACGCCCCCGUCCCGGCCUCCGCCACUGCUUCUACUCGGGGGAUGUCAACGGCGACCACGCGUCCUUCGCUGCCCUCAGCCUCUGCGGGGGGCUCCGGGGGGCUUUCGGCUACCGAGGAGCCGAGUACACCAUCAGCCCGCUGCCCGGGGGGGCGGCUGGCGGAGCCCACCGCCUGCAGCGCCGCGGUGCUGGCCUCCCACUUGGGGCAUCCGCCUCGCGUUGUGCCGUGGGCUCCGGCCUCACCCCCGGAGUCCUGCAGGCGUUGGCCAAGUACCGGGGGAGGGCUGGGGGGGCGCCGGGGGGGAGAGCCAAGCGGUUCGCCUCUGUGCCCCGUUAUGUGGAGACCUUGGUGGUGGCCGACGAGUCCAUGGUGAAGUUCCACGGGGACGACCUCCAGCACUACCUGCUGACCCUCAUGGCCACGGCCGCCCGCCUCUACAAGCACCCCAGCAUCCGCAACCCCAUCCAGAUCUCCGUCGUCAAGUUCCUCCUCAUUGGGCAGGACGACAAGGGGCCCAAAGUUACCGGCAACGCCGCCCUCACCCUCCGCAACUUCUGCGCCUGGCAGAAGAAGUGGAACAAAGUCAGCGACAAGCACCCCGAGUACUGGGACACCGCCAUCCUCUUCACCAAGCAGGACCUGUGCGGUGCCACCACCUGUGACACACUGGGCAUGGCCGACGUGGGCACCAUGUGCGACCCCAAGCGCAGCUGCUCCGUCAUCGAGGACGACGGGCUGCCCUCGGCUUUCACCACCGCCCACGAGCUGGGCCACGUCUUCAACAUGCCCCACGACAACGUCAAGGCCUGCGAGGAGGUCUUCGGCCGGCUGAAGACCAACCACAUGAUGUCCCCCACCCUCAUCCAGAUCGACCGCGCCAACCCCUGGUCAGCCUGCAGCGCUGCCAUCAUCACCGACUUCCUCGACAGUGGCCACGGAGACUGCUUGCUGGACCAGCCCUCCAAACCCAUCCCGCUGCCCGAGGACCUGCCGGGGACGAGCUACAGCCUGAACCAGCAGUGCGAGCUGGCCUUUGGCGUGGGCUCCAAGCCCUGCCCGUACAUGCAGCACUGCGCCAAGCUCUGGUGCACAGGCAAGGCGCGCGGGCAGAUCGUCUGCCAGACCCGCCACUUCCCCUGGGCUGACGGCACCGGCUGCGGCGAGGGACACUUCUGCCUCAAGGGCGCCUGCGUUGAGAGGCACAACGUCAGCAAGUACAGGGUGGACGGCGGCUGGGCCAAGUGGGCACCCUACGGGCAGUGCUCGCGGACGUGCGGCGGCGGCGUGCAGCUGGCCAAGCGCGAGUGCACCAACCCGGUGCCUGCCAAUGGGGGCUCCUACUGCGAGGGUGUCCGCGUCAAGUACCGCUCCUGCAACCUGGACCCCUGCUCCACUGCAGUGCCAGGGAAGAGUUUCCGAGAGGAGCAGUGUGAGGCUUUCAAUGGCUACAGCCACAGCACCAACCGCCUGACCGCCUCCGUCUCCUGGGUCCCCAAGUACUCCGGCGUCUCGCCCCGGGACAAGUGCAAGCUCAUCUGUCGGGCAAAUGGCACGGGCUACUUCUACGUGCUGGCACCCAAGGUUGUGGAUGGCACCCCUUGCUCCCCAGACUCCACCUCGGUCUGCGUCCAGGGCAAAUGCAUCAAAGCGGGCUGCGACGGGAAGCUGGGCUCUAAGAAGAAAUUCGACAAAUGCAGUGUGUGUGGGGGAGACAACAAGAGCUGCAAGAAGGUUUCAGGCUUGUUCACCAAACCCAUGCACGGCUACAACUUCGUGGUGGUGAUCCCCGCGGGCGCCUCCAACAUCGACAUCAGGCAGCGGGGCUACAAGGGGCUGAUCAGUGACGACAACUACCUGGCGCUGAAGAACGGGCAGGGCAAGUACCUGCUGAACGGCCAUUUCAUCGUCUCGGCUGUGGAGAGAGACCUGAUGGUGAAGGGCAGCGUGCUGCGCUACAGCGGCACCGGCACCGCUGUCGAGAGCCUCCAAGCCUUCAAACCCAUCCAGGAGCCCCUGACUUUGGAGGUGCUCUCCGUGGGGAAGAUGACCCCUCCCCGGGUGCGCUACUCCUUCUACCUCCCCAAGGAGAGCAAGGAGGACAAGUCCUCCUACAAGAAGGAGGGCAAGACCCCGCCAGACCUCAACAACAGCGUCCUCAGCCUGUCCAACCGCUUGGACGGGGGCAGGCCGACCUACAAGCGGCCCUCCUACAAGUGGGCGGCGGGUGGCUGGGAGGCUUGCUCCGUCACCUGCGGCAGCGGGCUGCAGAAGCGAGUGGUGGCUUGCCGCGACUCCUACGGCCACCCGGCCUCUGAGUGUGAGGCCGCACAGAGGCCGGCUGAGGUCCGGCCCUGCGGGGAGCCCUGCCCGGUGUGGGAAGUGGGACCCUGGGCCCCUUGCUCCAAGAGCUGUGGUCGAGGCUUCAAGAGGAGGAUGCUGAAGUGCACGACCCCGGCUGGGCGCCUCCUGCCCCGGGAGAGCUGUAGUUUUCGGAGGAAGCCGCAGGAGCUGGACUUCUGCACCUUGAGGCCAUGCUGA